AUUCAGCUUGAAAAACAUGUAUUUUAAUGGCGUUAUUUUAUUGAUGCUGAUGCCAGCAAUCUUUGCCGAUGAGGAGCUACCCGAACGAGAUCUUAUACAACCACGAAUCUUUCAUGGCAAACCCAUAAGUCUAAGAACUCUAGGAGGCUAUGCUGUGCAAAUCUAUCGUGGUUCAACACUGGUGUGCACUGGCACUUUGUUGAGCAAAAAUCACAUUCUGACGGCAGCACAUUGCUUUGAGAGGGCAAAUUUCACGGACUUUUAUGUGGUUGCUGGCGAAAAUGAUCAGGUAGACUUUUACUUUGAGGAGGAUCGAAACUAUGUGAUAAAGGGAAAGCGACAUCCAGACUACAAUAAAUUACAAUUCAUUGGCGACAUUGCCGUUGUCAAAGUGCGGUAUCCCAUAAGAGGACGCGGCACUGGCUACAUGAAUCUCUGCAGUCGUUUGAUGUCCGCUGGCAACAUGGUCACAGUCUCUGGCUGGGGAGCUAGUGAAAACCAAAGGAACCACAACGAGCUGCGCACAAUGCGUAUUCCAAUUGUUGCAAAGCCCGAGUGUAACGAGAAGAUGGCCAUAAAGUUACCGGUGAAUGUGAUCUGUGCCUCCAACUAUAAGAAGAGCACUCUGUGCAACGGUGACUCAGGUGGACCGAUGAUCUUCAAUGGUGAAGUUUGUGGCGUUAGCACGUGGACCUUUGAAUGUGGUAAUACAAUCAAACCUGACAUUUUCAUGAGUGUCUACGUGUAUCGGGAUUUUAUAAACAAAGCAAUGGAUGAGAUGGGAGAUUGAUUGAGAGUGUAGAGGAUUAUGAAAUUUACAUGAAUAUACAAAAG